CGGCGAGCGGGCCGGAAGUUUGAGUAGCUUGGCUAGGUUGGUGUGGUCUACUGUGGCUGGUUGCUGGCUCGGGUCGUUGUCAGCCAUCUCCCACCUUUCCUGCCAGAGAAGCGCGGUGGACUAGGGAACGCAGAGCGCUGCCCCGCCAUGCCUGAAAUCAGAGUCACUCCUUUGGGUGCUGGCCAGGAUGUGGGCCGUAGCUGUAUCUUGGUCUCCAUCGCGGGCAAGAAUGUCAUGUUGGACUGUGGCAUGCACAUGGGUUUCAACGAUGAUAGGCGCUUUCCUGACUUUUCGUAUAUCACCCAGAAUGGUCGGCUGACCGACUUCUUGGACUGUGUGAUCAUCAGCCACUUCCACCUAGACCACUGUGGGGCACUGCCCUACUUCAGUGAGAUGGUGGGCUACGACGGGCCCAUCUACAUGACCCACCCCACCCAGGCCAUCUGUCCCAUCCUCCUGGAGGACUACCGCAAGAUUGCUGUGGACAAGAAGGGCGAGGCCAACUUCUUCACUUCCCAGAUGAUCAAAGACUGCAUGAAGAAGGUGGUGGCUGUCCAUCUGCACCAAACAGUCCAGGUGGAUGAUGAGCUGGAAAUCAAGGCCUACUAUGCAGGCCAUGUGCUGGGGGCUGCCAUGUUCCAGAUUAAAGUGGGCUCAGAGUCUGUGGUCUACACGGGUGAUUACAACAUGACCCCAGACAGGCAUUUGGGAGCUGCUUGGAUUGAUAAGUGUCGCCCCAACCUGCUCAUCACAGAGUCUACCUAUGCCACGACUAUCCGUGAUUCCAAGCGCUGCCGGGAGCGAGACUUCCUCAAGAAGGUCCACGAGACUGUGGAGCGUGGUGGGAAGGUGCUGAUCCCUGUGUUUGCACUGGGCCGUGCACAGGAGCUCUGCAUUCUGCUAGAGACCUUCUGGGAGCGCAUGAACCUGAAAGUGCCCAUCUACUUCUCCACGGGCCUGACAGAGAAGGCCAACCACUACUACAAGCUCUUUAUCACCUGGACCAACCAGAAAAUCCGGAAGACUUUUGUCCAGAGGAACAUGUUUGAGUUCAAGCACAUCAAGGCCUUUGACAGGGCAUUUGCUGACAACCCAGGUCCCAUGGUUGUGUUUGCCACACCAGGGAUGCUGCAUGCAGGUCAAUCCCUGCAGAUAUUCCGGAAGUGGGCAGGAAAUGAGAAGAAUAUGGUGAUCAUGCCUGGCUACUGCGUGCAGGGCACUGUGGGUCACAAGAUCCUCAGUGGGCAGCGCAAGCUGGAGAUGGAGGGGCGACAGGUGCUGGAGGUUAAGAUGCAGGUGGAGUACAUGUCAUUCAGCGCCCAUGCUGAUGCCAAGGGCAUCAUGCAGCUGGUGGGGCAAGCGGAGCCAGAGAGUGUGCUGCUGGUUCAUGGUGAAGCCAAGAAGAUGGAGUUCCUACGGCAGAAGAUCGAGCAGGAAUUCCGGGUCAGCUGCUACAUGCCAGCCAACGGCGAGACAGUGACGCUACCCACAAGUCCCAGCAUCCCUGUGGGCAUCUCCCUGGGGCUAUUGAAGCAGGAGAUGGCGCAGGGUAUGAGGGCAGGUGGGAGUAUGGGACAGGCGGAUGGCUGGCCAGUAGGGGACCUAUGUUCACGAGGCUGUCCCCUCCUCACAGGGCUGCUUCCUGAGGCCAAAAAACCGAGGCUCUUGCACGGCACCCUAAUCAUGAAGGACAGCAGCUUCCGGCUCGUGUCCUCUGAGCAAGCCCUGAAGGAGCUGGGCCUAGCUGAGCAUCAGCUGCGCUUCACCUGCCGCGUGCACCUACAGGACACGCGCAAGGAGCAGGAGAUGGCUCUGCGUGUCUACAGCCAUCUCAAGAGCACCUUGAAGGAUCACUGUGUGCAGCAUCUCCCUGAUGGCUCGGUGACUGUGGAGUCGAUACUCAUCCAGGCUGCUGCCCAUUCGGAGGACCCAGGUAUCAAGGUGCUGCUGGUCUCCUGGACCUACCAGGAUGAGGAGCUGGGGAGCUUCCUCACCACACUGCUCAAGAAGGGUCUUCCCCAGACCCCUAGCUGACAUACUGCAUACCCACGCAUGUACCUCUGCCCUGCAACCAUGCCCAGCAGGUCCUGAGCCCCAACCUCAGGACUAUGGCAUCUGUGUAAACCAGUCCUGUGACUUAGCCACAGACCCUGUCCAGGCACAAGGACAGUCCCAUGACAGGCCAGCCCAAGUACACCUUGUGUCAGAGCAAUAAACAGGCCUCUGGGGCCACUUCACUUUUUA